UUCCUGGUUUCCAUGCCUACCACAAGGGCUGUUCAGUUCGGAGCAUGCUCAGUUCGCCUUGCCCUCCCCUUGGUAACAAUAGCCAGUGAGGAGUCGGGAGCGCUCACACUCACACUUGCAAUCGCUCUCGUCUCACACACACACACACACACACACACACACACACACACACACACACACACACACACACACACGCGCGCGCGUGCAAACACUCACACACACAUGCACGCACUACUCCGGAGCGCAGUAGGAGAGGGAUGGUGGGAGGAAGGGCAACCUGCCGUUUGUAACCGGGCUCGCGGCGGCUUUACACUCCCUCGCUCACAGAGACACAACCGAGACAGCACACACCACACGUCCUCCACCGAGCUCAGGGCCUCGUCUGUCUGUUUCGGCGUGGAGAAGAACACCACCACACACACACAGACACACACACACACACGCCUGGUGCUCUGAAUGAGCGGGGAUCCGAGCCAGUGAGCUGCGGGUGGAGCGGAGCGGCGGCCCGCGGAGGCCUGAUUAAAAUGGGGCCCAGGAUCUGUCUGCCUUCUGUCUGCGAGCCUAAGGGCGUCUGGCCGAGCCGGCGGCCAUGCCAGAUGUAAAGUCCCCUCCAUCAUGUGACUACCCCCUGGCCUCCUCCGACCCCACAGGCUCCCCCUCCAGGUGCGCCUCCUUCUUCAGCCCGGACAUGGAGGUGGACCCCUGCCUCCCCAGCCGCCCCUUGUCCCCCGGCACCCUGCCCACGUUCCCCCACCACGGGCACGGCCUCCCGCAGUACCCCGUGGGCCUCCAGGGGGCGCCCUUCCCGUUCAUGUCCAGGUGCAACAGCAGCACCCUGCUGAGUAACCUGGGGCUGCGGACCUGCUCCGGCCGGCAUGCGGCCUACGGUGUGGGGCCGCUGCAGGGGCAGGAACCCUACGCCUGUGUCCAGGGCGAUGGCGGCGGCGGCGGCGGCAGGCCCUACCGGAGCAUGGAGAACCUGCACUGGAACAGCGUGGCCGACCCGGGGAUGUACGGGCUCGCCGGCGGCCCCUACAGGAGCAUGGAGAGCGAGUUCGUGUUCCGCUGCACCGAGACGAGCCACUGGUACGACGGGCCCCCGGACGGGGCCGGCAUGGGGGUGUACGGGCUGAUGCCCAGCCCCGAGAGCCUGGCGUUCUACUCCCGGCGAGGCCUGCCCCGGAAGGACCUGGCGCUCUUCCCCCAUUGGCUGUUCCCCGGCGGCGUGGACGAGUGCGACGGCAGGAAGGGCCUGCGGGAGAAGCUCCGCCUCCAGAGCGCUCGGUCGACGGCGGAGCCCUCCAAGCACCUCCCGCUGCGACCUCCGGUGGCCCCCGGGACCCCGACCACACAGGGGCCCCGCGAUCGCCAGGGGACGCCUUACCUCCACCCCGCGGGAGGCGGGGCCAAGCCGCUGGGCGCCGUGCGGCUGACCAGCCCGGAGGAGAUCAAACAGGAAGUGCUGCGGCGCCUGCAGCUGCGGCGGCAGAACAGCAGCCCCAACCUGGCUCUCCACAGCGCCCCCCGGAGCCCGGCCGUGCUCAAGGCCUCCUACACCACGGACAACGUCGUCGCCAGUGGCGACGACGGGGAUGGCGGGGGCGGGCCGGACCGCGCGUCGGAGCGCCGUCGGCUUCCCGCGGGCCGCCUGCACAUCCCCACCUUCGAGGAGUUCAAGAGGAUGAGGAAGAGCGCGGACGGGGAAGGCCCCGCGAACGCAGAGGAGGCGGAGCCCGGCGGGCCGCACUCGCGCGGGAAGACGGACGCCUGUGCGACGUGCGGAUCCGGGAACGCCGGCAGGAUGGAGGGAGACGGCACGGAGGGGGCCGGCGUGGGAGACGGCGGACCAGACAGGACGCGCGGCGGGGAUGCGAUGGCGUCGUGCGACGAGGGCCCGCCCCACGCCGCAGGCCGUUCAGGGGAACCCGCCCAGUGUAGCGGCCCCGCCCACGGGCGCCCCGGCCCCGGGGGGCCCACCACCGCCACGCACUGGUCCUCGCCCAUCCGCACGGGCCCCGCCCCCCGCUCGCCCCUGCAGUCCCUGGCCGGCUCCACGGCUCCGGGGAAGGGGCCCGGGCCCCUGCGCGGACAGGGGGUCCGGAGGAGCAGUCUGGAGGGGGCUGGGGGGAGGGCCGCGCCCCCCAGGGACACCAGGGAGCGGCCGUCCAGCUGCUGCCCCGCGCUGCUGCUGGACGGGACGGAGCUGUCCAACUACGGGGCCAAGAUCUACAAGAUGAAGGACGGGCUGAUCGGCUCGGCGCUGGACCUCAUCAUGAAGAGGUGUGUUGGGGGGCCGGGGGCUGGGGGGGGGCUGGGGGGGUGGCUGAUGGGGGGCUGA